AGCGCUGCGACUGAAGUGUAGACUACACACUGUUCACUUCACAGUUCACACUUCACAGUCACAUUCACACUGUGAGAAGGUGAACAGUCGUUGUUAACCUUUUGGCAAACUAUUCCGAUUUCUGCCCCCCAAAAACCUUGACAGGGUAAACAAAAAUGUGCGACGUGUGUCUCUACGUGUCCCACGGUGAUUAAUUCUACACGAUUUUUCUUCCAUGAUGUGAUGGGAGUGAAAUGCGGCGGAACCACCUGGCUGGAAUACUUGCCAUUUCAAUUUUCACAUGGGUUGUUAUCAUUUACAUGCUGAUCCAUGAUAGGCCUUCUUUGCAGUCAUUUAAUAACAUCCCUAAUGCCAAGUCCAAUCUUGAAGAAUUAGAAUCUCAGAUCAAAGAUGAUUUUAAAAUUAAUGCCCAGUUGUGGGCAGAUGUCAAGAAAGCAAUUGCAUCACAAAGAGAGUCACAGAAGGCUGAAGCAGAGGAAAAUGCAGCAGCUUAUGAGGUGGAAAGAAAAGAAGAUGAAAAGAAAAUACAAUCUUUAUCAAGGGAAGGUGUAGUUGCAGUUUUAGUUUUCGCUUGCUCACGUCCAACAGUAACUAGAUGUUUAGAUCAACUCAUCCGCUAUCGACCGAACGCAGAACAGUUUCCAAUUAUAGUUUCGCAAGACUGUCAACACCAAGCUACAUCUGAUGCUAUCGAUGCUUAUUCAGAACAAGUUUUUCACAUUAAGCAACCAGAUCAAAGUGAAAUCCAUGUUCCUCCGAAAGAAAAAAAAUUUAAAGGGUAUUUUAAAAUAGCAAGGCAUUAUGGAUGGGCUUUAAAUCAAACCUUUUUUACCUACAAUUUUUCAACUGUUAUUAUCAUUGAAGAUGAUCUUGACGUCUCCCCAGAUAUUUUUUCGUAUUUCUCCGCGACGCUGCCACUCCUUCACCAGGACCCGACACUCUGGUGCGUCUCUGCAUGGAACGAUAACGGGAAACAGGAGUUGAUAGAUAUGAAUUCGCCGGAGCUGCUCCAUAGAACUGAUUUUUUUCCAGGUCUCGGGUGGAUGUUGACAAAAGAAAUUUGGGCCGAAUUGGCGCCCAAAUGGCCUCUAAGUUACUGGGAUGACUGGAUUCGACAGCCGUCGCAGAGAAAGGGUAGAGCUUGCAUCAGGCCUGAAAUAUCAAGGACCAAAACCUUUGGAAAAAUUGGGGUGAGCAAUGGGCUCUUUUACGAAAAACAUCUCAAAUUCAUUCACCUAAACAAGCAGUUUGUUCAAUUCACUGAAAAAAAUUUAACUUAUUUGCUCAAGGACAAUUAUGACACUGCAUUUGUCAAGGCUGUAUAUGAGAGUCCUCUAGUGUUUCACCAUGAAUUACGAGCUGCUAAAGUCGGAGGGCCACCUCAAGGCCCUGUGCGGGUUUUAUACGAUACCAAAACUAUGUAUAAAGUCGCUGCAAAGUCUCUUGGCCUAAUGGAUGACUUUAAGAGCGGAGUACCAAGGACUGGUUACAGGGGUGUAGUGAGUUUUUUCUAUAAAGAAAGGCGAGUCUACCUCGCACCUCAGGCAACAUGGAAAGGCUACGACACCUCUUGGAGCUAGCGAUUAAAACAUUGGAUUUCAAUUGAUAAAAAGUGAGAAACUUGUAUAGAAUGUUGACUAAAUCCUCCCCUGUGCCUUGCAGCAGUUGGGACUUUUAUGUGAUCCAUAGUGGAUUACAUGAUUUUAAAAUAAAUACUACAGCAUUUA